UGCAUCCAAAAUUUCAGCGUGAGGCGCCUUCUAGCCGGAAAUUUUUUGUUUUUGCCGCACAUCUCGUACGUGCUGAGGCGACAACAGCUCGGAGGGGGCUUGCUGCCUGGCCCCGAGCCUCACCCGCCGCCUCGCUGGGAGGCUGAUUUGCCUUUAACAGCUGGAGCAAAUCAACAGGUACACAGCUCAGAGCUGCAGCGACCAGGACGAGAGAGCAGCACCUGGCGAAUGUCUGCGCCUCCUGCAGCUGUUCAACGUCAGGGGAAUUCUGUCGGGGAAUAAAAGAUGGCAACUUUUCGGCAUGCUUAUUUAGCAAGCCCUCCUGAACACGGCGGGCUUUCCUCCCGCGGAGCAGUCGAGGCUGCAGCCUCAACUACUUAAAUUAAGAAGCCCCCGCCCGCCGGCCCGCCUCCGCGGGCCCCGGCGCCCGAGGGAGAGCCGCCAAAGCGACGAGUGGGGAAGGGCCAGGGAGGUGAGGCCUCGGAGGCCAGCGCGGCUCCAGCUCCAGCUCCUCCUCCUCCCUCGCCUUGCCUCGCCAGGGCCCUUCGAGCGCCGGAAGAUCCGGGUCGUGAGGAGGGAGCAGGAAGUCGAGACGUGGCCGCCCAGCUGAGCAGCAGGGGGGCAAGGAGAGCGGGUUGGCGAUGGCGGCCGCGGCGGCACUGAGCUCGGAGCGGCUGGAGGUCUCCAUUGACGGCCUCACCCUGAGCCCGGACUCGGAGGAUGCCCGGGUGGGGCAGGCGGAGCCUAGGCCGCGCUCCGCUCCUGCGGGCAGAGGGAGCCGGGCGGGGGCUACCCCUCAGCCAGGGCAGCAGGUCGCCGAAGAGGAAGAGGAGGCCGGGGACGAGGCGGACGAAGACGGCGAAGGCGAAGGCGGAGGAGCCGGAGGAGACGACGGGGCGCUGAGCCUGAGCCGGCGCUGGGGCUUCGGCCUGGAGGAGUUGUACGGCUUGGCGCUGCGCUUCUUCAAAGAAAAAGACGGCAAAGCAUUUCACCCCUCUUACGAAGAAAAGCUAAGACUUGUUGCACUGCAUAAGCAGGUUCUGUUGGGACCUUAUAAUCCAGACACUUGUCCAGAAGUUGGAUUCUUUGAUGUGCUGGGAAAUGAUAGAAGGAAAGAAUGGGCUGCCCUUGGAAACAUGACAAAGCAAGAUGCCAUGACAGAGUUUGUAAAGCUCUUAAAUAGGUGUUGUCAUCUCUUCUCAACAUAUGUUACUUCUCAUAAAAUAGAAAGAGAAGAGCAGGAGAAGAAAAGGAGAGAAGAAGAGGAACGUAGGCGUCGUGAAGAGGAAGAACGAGAGCGCUUGCAAAAGGAGGAAGAAAAGCGUAGGCAAGAAGAGGAAGAAAGGCAGAGGCGAGAGGAAGAAGAAAGGCGGCGGAUAGAAGAAGAAAGAUUCCGAAUGGAACAGCAGAAACAACAGAUAAUGGCAGCAUUGAACUCUCAGACUGCUGUUCAGUUCCAACAGUAUGCAGCCCAGCAGUAUCCAGGCAACUAUGAGCAGCAGCAGCUCUUAAUUCGUCAGCUCCAGGAACAGCACUACCAACAGUACAUGCAGCAACUUUAUCAAGUCCAACUAGCACAGCAACAGGCAGCUUUACAGAAACAGCAGGAAGCUGCAGCCACAGCAGGAGCUUCAGCUUCUUCUGUGUCAAAGGGAAACCCAGCUGCUACAGGGGAAAUCCCAUCAAUAAAUGGGCAAACUAGUUCUCAUACAGACAGCCCUGAAAAGGACCUGGAAACAGAUGCUUUAGAAGAAGCAUUAGAGAAUGGACCAAAAGAAUCUGUUCCAGUGAUAGCAGCACCAUCCAUGUGGACACGGCCUCAAAUAGCAGACUUCAAAGAGAAAAUUCGCCAGGAUGCAGACUCUGUCAUCACAGUUGGCAGAGGAGAAGUAGUGACAGUCCGUGUACCAACUCAUGAAGAGGGUUCUUAUCUCUUCUGGGAGUUUGCUACAGACAAUUAUGACAUUGGUUUUGGGGUGUAUUUUGAAUGGACAGACUCCCCUAACACAGCCGUCAGUGUACAUGUUAGUGAAUCCAGUGAGGAUGAGGACGAAGAUGAAGAAAAUGCUAGUACUGAAGAAAAAGCCAAAAAGAACGCCAACAAGCGUCAAUUAGAUGAAAUAGUGCCUGUGUACAGACGAGACUGUCAUGAAGAGGUGUACGCUGGCAGCCACCAGUAUCCAGGGAGAGGAGUCUAUCUCCUUAAAUUUGACAACUCAUACUCACUAUGGAGAUCAAAAACAGUUUAUUACAGAGUCUAUUAUACUAGAUAAAAAUGUUGUGGUGUCGGAGGCUGGGGCAAUGCAGAAGACAUGUUUGGAACAUCCAUCAAGCAUACUUGGACCUUUUGACUCAGUUACCCUGUCUGAUGUGUCUGUAUGGUGUGUGUGUGUGUGUGUGUAUGUAUGAGGGUGUGUGUGUGUUAACAUUUGACACUGGGGGUUGGGCUUUCUUCUGCAACUCAUUGUUAAUGCAGUUAGUGGGAUUACGAUUUCCCCAGUCCUUUCUGGUGACAUGGUUCUUUGCCAGAACUUAAAACAAAAGGUCAAACAAGAGGCAUAUAUUGACCUUUAAUACCCCUUAAAAUCAAAUACAUAUAUACAGUGGGACAGUGUUUCAUUGGUGGCAGCUGGUAUGAAGUUCCUUAGCGUAUACACUUCAAGCAUUUAAACACAAUAAAUCUGUUAAUUGUUUGUUUGACAGGACUAGCCUUAUUUGCGGGGGCAAGUGUCUGAUGCACACUGCAUUGGAGCAAGCAAGUUUCUUAACUGUAUUUGAAUGUCAGAUUUUUGCAUCAUUAAACUUGAAACCUUAGUGGAUGCAGUUUAGAAUCCAAUUUGUCUUGUGUCUGCUCUCAUUGAUGAAAUCAUUUGGAGCAUCUCAGUCUGAACAGCAUGCUUACUGGGUAAGAAAUAAAAGUUUGGGUGAAUGUU